AGGCGGCUUUACGUUUCACAGGCCAAUGAGAAAUAAUGUCGGCCUAGAAGGGCGCAGGGAGCUGGAGGUAACCGAGGGGAGAGCGAUCAAGUCCUGGGGAAGUCACUCACGGAGUCACCGUGAAAAACAUCAACAACCGCCGCAUAAUGCCGAAUAAAACUAAAAAAGAGAAGGAGCCAACCAAAUCUGCUAAAAGCAGCUCAAAAAACAGUAACGUUAGUGGGGGAAAGGACACCGGAACCGAAAAUUCAGAUGAGGCCCAGCAGCAGCAGCAGCAGCAGCAGCAGACGGCCAGCAAGCGCCCCAGCAACAGCACCCCGCCUCCCACCCAGCUCAACAAAAUCAAGUACUCCGGGGGGCCCCAGAUCGUCAAGAAGGAGCGCCGCCAGAGCUCCUCACGCUUCAACCUCAGCAAGAACCGUGAGCUGCAGAAGCUGCCCGCGCUCAAAGAUGCCCCGCCCAUCGACAGGGAGGAGCUAUUUGUGCAGAAGCUGCGCCAGUGCUGCGUGCUCUUCGACUUCGUCACCGACCCGCUGAGCGACCUCAAGUACAAGGAGGUGAAGCGCGCCGGCCUCAACGAGAUGGUGGAGUACAUCACGCACAACCGCGACGUGGUCACCGAGUCCAUCUACCCCGAGGCCGUCAUCAUGUUUUCGGUGAAUCUCUUUCGGACCCUGCCUCCAUCCUCCAACCCAACGGGGGCGGAGUUUGAUCCUGAGGAGGACGAGCCAACCCUAGAAGCAGCCUGGCCACACUUGCAGCUGGUGUACGAGUUCUUCUUACGAUUCCUGGAGUCGCCCGACUUCCAGCCAAACAUCGCCAAAAAAUACAUCGACCAAAAGUUUGUAUUAUCUCUCCUGGAGCUGUUUGACAGCGAAGACCCCCGGGAGAGAGAUUUCCUCAAGACCAUCCUCCACAGGAUCUACGGCAAGUUCCUGGGCCUGAGAGCUUACAUCAGGCGACAGAUCAACAAUAUCUUCUACAGGUUUAUAUAUGAAACUGAGCACCACAAUGGAAUUGCAGAGCUUUUAGAAAUCUUAGGAAGCAUAAUCAACGGCUUCGCUCUACCGCUGAAGGAAGAGCAUAAAAUGUUCCUGAUCAGAGUGCUGCUGCCACUCCACAAAGUGAAGUCCCUCAGCGUGUACCACCCACAGCUGGCCUACUGCGUGGUGCAGUUCUUGGAGAAAGACAGCAGCCUAACGGAGCCUGUGAUCAUGGGACUGCUGAAGUUCUGGCCCAAGACCCACAGCCCCAAAGAGGUGAUGUUCCUGAACGAGCUGGAGGAGAUCCUGGACGUCAUCGAGCCCUCCGAGUUCGUCAAGGUCAUGGAGCCGCUCUUCCGCCAGCUGGCCAAGUGUGUGUCCAGUCCACACUUCCAGGUGGCGGAGAGGGCCCUGUACUAUUGGAACAACGAGUACAUUAUGAGUCUGAUCAGCGACAAUGCGGCCAGGAUCCUCCCCAUCAUGUUCCCGGCGCUCUACAAGAACUCCAAAAGCCACUGGAACAAGACAAUACAUGGCCUGAUCUACAACGCCCUGAAGCUCUUCAUGGAGAUGAACCAGAAGUUGUUUGAUGACUGCACCCAGCAGUACAAGGCAGAGAAGCAGAAGGAGAAGUACAAGCUGAAGGAGCGGGAAGAGAUCUGGCACAAGAUCGAGGAGCUGGCGAGGCAGAACCCCCAGAUUACAAAGGUCUACCCUCACCUCCGGCCCGGAGCUCACCCACAGGAAGAGUACAUGAUGUACAACGAGACCCCAGCGGGGAUGCCGCUGUACUCCAUGGAAACGGAGACGCCCACUGCUGAGGACAUCCAGCUGCUGAAGAAGACUGUGGAGACAGAAGCCUCCCAGGGCUUGAAGGAGCUGAAGAAGGACAAGGUGUUGAUGAGGCGGAAGUCGGAGCUGCCGCAGGAUGUGUACACUAUAAAAGCCCUGGAAGCACACAAGCGGGCCGAGGAGUACCUGACGGCCAACCAGGAAGCACUCUGACCGGAGAGCAGUGCCACCCUCCACGCCCAGCUUACCCGCCUCUUCCCGUCCUAAAGUUGCCUGCUGUACAACCCUCCCAAUCUCC